CUUCAAGACUUCAGACAGCUUUUCUCCUUCAGUCAGUCGUAUCGUUUAUCGACAGGUGUGAGAGUCGUUCUCUUACCGAGAAGUCUGUCGCGAAGUGUGCUAAGCUGCUCAAGGGAAGUCAUUAAUUGAGGUCAUAAUUAGAGUGUCUAUUAAAUAACAUACAUCAGGCGUAGCCCACGCGAAGAGAAUCCAAAAUGUCGUUCAAGAAGGACCUGGCCCUGCUGGUGAAGCCCUAUUACUGGGUCAAUAUCCUGAUGAGCAUUUCCUACAUCGUGGCCAAGCGAAUGCCGAUGGUUUGUAACUUUUUAUGGACAUAUUUGUUCAACCAGGACCAGUGCGAGUUGGACGGUCGCGAAACGGAGAUUCUGUUCUUCCUGCUCAUCGUGGUCAUGAUCCGGACGCGGAAAACCGGAAGCGUAACCAUGAUCAACUACCUGACGUCCAGUUUCAUGUACACAAAGUUGGCCAAUUUGGGCCUGUGGUUCUACAGUGACAUCCGCCUCGGGUUAAUUUACGGAGUGCUGUUCAUUCUGGUGGCACUGAUCCUGCCAGAACCGACCUACUCCGGACCGGAAAAUGUCACCUAUUUCCGACUGGAGAAUGGCCUCGAAGACGAAAUGGAAAAGGACAAACGGGUCAACUGGUUGGUCACUUUCUACACCGUUUGGAAUCCGGCUUGCGUAAAUUUCGCGCCCAUUUUUGCGGAACUGUCCGCGGAAUACAACCUGCCCAACUUGCGAUUCGGAAAGGUGGACAUCGGAAGAUUCCCCAACAUCGGAAAGAAGUAUCACGUUUCGGACAGUUCUCUCAGUCGUCAACUCCCAUCGGUCAUCCUGUUCCGGAAUGGGAAGGAAGUGGCCCGAAGGCCGUAUGCCGAUGCCAAGGGCAAACUGGUCAAGUUCUUCUUCUCAGCUGACAAUGUGAAGGCGGCCUUCGAUCUGAACAACCUGUACAAGGAGUGCAAGGAGAAUCCCAUCAAGGGCGCCAAGGCGAUUACGGCCAGCGAGAAGAAAAAGAACUAAGCUCCGGCGGUUCCAGUCCAGUUAUGUUACAUUUGUAGAAGCAUUUAAGACGCGUCAAACUGCCCAUCACACUCCUGUCUCAUCAUCUUUAUCGCAAUCGAACGGUUGCACAUCUUUAUCUCAACGCCAUCGAAAUCGGAACACAAACACACAACAGUCAUUGAUAUUAAGAUUAAAAGAAACGAGUCCAGCCCCACAUCGUCGCGCACAUUUUAUACAGGGGUUAAACAAAAAGGUUGAGAUAGGUUCAAAAGACAUACGUCGUGAUGUAACCUGCACGAAAUCGCCAGCAGCUUGGAGAAGUGUUAAUUACAUUGAUGAACAGUUAUCGGAAAGCAAACGUCGCAUCGUCCGCCCCUUUGAAAAUACUGAUAAGAAGAAUGAUUGUCUUUUGUGUAUGCAUUAGCUAUUAGCAGCUCCGCAGUCAGCAGUAGGUCGUAUCAGGGGACUACGGCAUUACACCUGGCUAGCAGCAUUUGCCACCGUUUUGUAUUGUUGAGGUUGUUUUUAAGUUAUUUUGUCUUGUUUCGUGUUGUUUUAGUUUUAAGCUGAAGCUGAUGCAGUCAUUAGGGAUGAAAAAAAAACCAAAAGCGAUAUGUUAGUCAAUAAAUUUAGUGAAACUGA